AUGGGGGACUCGCUGCCCCGCGGUGGGGCCCCCAGGAAGGGGAAGAUUGUCAACCUUCGCAUCCAGUUCCUGGAUGACUCCGUCCAUGCAUUCCAGGUCCCUGUUAAAGCUUUGGGUAUGGCGCUUUGGGAGGCAGUGGUGAGACAUCUACAGCUGGUCGAGUCUGACUACUUUGAUCUACAAUAUGGAGACAAAAACGGCCUCAAGUGCUGGCUGGACAAUGAGAAGCCUAUACUGAAGCAGCUGCCAUCACCUGACUCUCCGCUGGAAUUCUGUGUCAAGUUCUACACGCCAGACCCAGGCUUGCUGGAUGAGUACACCAGGUAUUUAUUUUCACUGCAAAUUAAAAAAGAUCUAGCAACAGGCAGCAUGCAGUGCAGUGAGAACACAGCAGCUUUGGUGGCUUCAUAUAUAGCUCAAGCGGAGAUUGGGGACUUUAUUGUUGAGGAGUACCUGGACCAUACAUAUCUCAAGUCACUGAAUGCUUUUGUACCUCACCAGACAGAAGAGCUCCUCAAGAAGGUCAUGGAGUACCACCGACAGCACAUAGGUGAAUCUCCAGCAGAAGCAGAAUCUAGUCUUUUAGAUACGGCCAGAAAGGUGGAUACUUACGGUGUGAAACUCUGCCCGGCCAAAGACCACGAGAAUGUGUCACUUCACUUGUCCAUCGCCCAUGUUGGCAUCCUCGUCUUCCAGUUACAUACCAAAAUCAACACCUUCUCCUGGGCGAAGGUUCGCAAACUCAGCUUCAAACGCAAGAAGUUCCUUAUCAAACUCCACCCUGAAAGCUACCCUGUCAAAGAUAAGGGUACAUCUGUUUCAUCACAGCCAUUCAAAGAUAAGGGAUACUAUAAAGAUACAGUGGAAUUCUUUUUUGAGAGCAGAGAUGAAUGUAAAAUAUUCUGGAAAAAAUGCAUUGAACAUCACGCAUUCUUCCGUUGUCAUACUGUGAAAAAGGUGCCUAGAAAUAAGACACGUCUCGUCAGCCGUGGAUCCUCCUUCAGAUACAGUGGCCGGACACAGAAACAACUGAUGACCUUUGUGAGGGAAACAUGUGUCAAGAGCCCUUCCUUUGAAAGGUCUGUCAGUGGGCGAAUCUCCUGCAGCCGAAGUGCCAGUGUCACGCCAAAGAUAACAGCUAAAGCAGGGCUUCACAACUCGACCACCGACACUCACAACAGCACAGCAUCCAGUGGCUCACACAUACUAUCCCCAGGGCCAGACGACCCUACCACACCUAGUAGGACAGAGACAGCUGAAGUACACAGUGUGGACAGCUCACUGUCUGGCAGUCGGUCACUCCCAUCACCAAAGUUUGACCGCAGCAGAGAGGGAACACCUGGAGCAGAGGUCGACCUUCCAGAUGAUGAUGCAGUGGCUUCCCCAGACGGCAGAGUGGACAGAAUCGACGAACGAGAUGCACCGCCUCCCUACCCUGGAGUUGCUCCUGUCCCGCACCCUCAUGCCCUUCGUCACUCUGAUAGGAAGUUUUCUGCCCCAGUGUUUGGUUCCAGGGACACUGCCCCACCAAUGCCGAAUGAGAACCGCCUAUCACGCUGUGAUGAGGUUGAAAAUAUACCUGAGGUCGUCCAAGAAGAACCGAAAACAGAUGACGUACCUCAUCCACCCCAAUUUCAGAGGAGUGCUACAUCCCCAUACAUCGAACAAGAUCACUUAGAAUCUCCGCCACCUCCUCCCCCUCCCUUAGACCCUGAGGAGCUGGCCCUCAGUCCACCAUCUUUAAGGUCUACCCCAAAUAGGCAGCAGGACCCAGACUCCUCCCAGUCCAUCGACGGUCAUGGCCCACGGAGCAAUGUCAGUGUCCUCUCUUCCUCUCGAACUGAGGAUUCAGAAGAUGACCCGAAACGAAAGAUUAAGCGGCACCCUGCUGACCGGGCCUACUAUAUAGCUAAGGAGUUACUAAUGACUGAACGUACAUAUCGCAAGGAUCUCGAGGUUAUCACAGUGUGGUUCCACAAUGCAGUAAGUAUGGAGGGAGCCGUGCCUGAACCCACAGAGAACUUAUUCUCUACCUUGGAGCCCAUCUACCAGUUCCACAGCAAAUUCCUCAUGGACAUUGACCAGAGAAUCUCAAUGUGGGAAGGUAAAUCUAACGCCCAUCUUAACGGUGACUACCAGAGGAUUGGAGACGUACUAAUGAACAACCUCCCCAAGGCUCUGAUGGUGUUUUACAAGAAUUAUUUAGAUAAACAAGAGAGUAUCUUGACAGAGCUGGAACAUGCAGUUAAGAAGCAGAAAUCGUUUGAGAAAAUGUAUAAGGAAUUUGAGUCACAGAAAGUCUGUUACCUCCCCUUGAAUACAUUUAUACUUAAACCAGCACAGCGAAUACUUCACUAUAAACUUCUGCUAGAGCGCCUAACAAAGCAUUACUCGAAGGAUCACCAGGACUAUACAGACUGUUGUGCUGCUCUGGCCAAGGUGAACUCUUUGGUGUCUGAAUAUAAAGAUAGAAUGAGAACACAGGAGAAUUUACAGAAGUUGAUGGAGAUACAGAGAGACCUAGUUGGUCUAGAUACACUUGUUCAUGUAGACAGGACGUUCAUUCGUGAAGGAUGCCUCCAAAAAUUUUCGAGAAAGGGAUACCAGCAAAGAAUGUUUUUCUUGUUUUCAGAUUUACUGGUUUAUACCAGUCGUACAACCACACAUCUACUACAGUUCAAAGUUCACGGCCAGCUUCCUCUCCGAGGCAUGAUAGUAGAGGAGUCCGAUCAUGCUAAGAUGGCAGUGGCCAACAGCUUUGCAAUAUAUGGUGGCAACAAAUGUAUUUUAGUGGCAGCUAGUUCUCAAGAAGAAAAAGAUAAAUGGAUAGAGGAUCUCAAUGAAGCUAUUAUCCAAGCCAAAAACAGGAAUGAUGAUAAACUCAAGUAUUCUAGUCUAAAAUCCUCCACAAGUUCUUCAGAAAAUGUGGAAGGUGAAGGUCAGAGUGGAGAGGUCAAUGGGUCACCGCCUGAGAAACAGAUCCAGCACCGUGCUAACACUACAAUGCAUGUGUGCUGGCAUAGAAACACAAGUGUUAGCAUGCGAGACCACGACAAGGCAGUCAAGAAUCAGCUGAGUGGUUACCUGUUGAGAAAGUUCAAAAACAGCAAUGGCUGGCAGAAACUCUGGGUCGUGUUCACAAACUUUUGUCUAUUUUUCUACAAAACUUAUCAGGAUGAUUUUCCACUGGCCAGCUUGCCAUUGCUAGGUUACGCCGUCAACACUCCAGAAGAAGAGGAUGGUAUUCAUAAAGACCAUGUCUUCAAACUUCAGUUCAAAAACCAUGUAUACUUCUUCAGGGCAGAGAGCGAGUAUACUUUUGAGAGAUGGAUGGAGGUAAUUAACCAUGCAACAAACAGCUCUCGUCGCGUCCGACUUUUCAGUAGGAUGGAUAGCAACCAAUUAUCAUAGCAUCUACCAGUGGUGGCCAAUGAAAACUUUGUGUCUGCCAGUCGCCUACCAACACCAGCCAAUCAAAAUCUCUGUCAGUCACUGUAACACCUAGCCAAGUCUGCCUCGUCACACAGCCCACAUGGAGAGGACAGGGAUUAUUCUACUUUACUGUUAAUUAACAUAAUGUGAUAUUCAGAAACAUUUAACGAUGUAAACUGUCAAGUUUUUAUUUAGGAAAUUAAGUACGGUCGUAAUCAAGAUAUUAACAUGUGGCAUUAUGGGAAAUUUUCUAGAUAAUCCUGAAGUGAAUGGGACAUAAUGACAGUAUUUGACUAUGUGGUGUAAAAAACACCUACCAGUGUUUUGUGUUGUAAGCUGGCCAGGCUUUGUUGCUAUACUGAUGGCUAUGGUACGACUAUUUUUUAAUAAUUGUGUAGAAAAUUUGUUGUGUCUGAAAUCAGUCUUGAUUCUUUGGGAGACAUAUUGAAUGACUGAUUCUAAAUGAAACACAUGUUCUUUAAUCAGUAUAUCAUCCGUAUAAUUUAUGGUGUACGUCUUUUUAACAAAAUAGAAUAUGAUUUAUAAGGGAAAUAUUUUUAAUGUUAUGAAUUUUAAUUAUUAUAAGUUAUAUGUUUAUUAAUAUAUGAGAUAUGUUAUCAAAUUAUUCAUUCUUAAUCAAAUUAUUAUCCAAAAUUUCAAUCUGAAGUUAAGAAAAAUAUCUCAGUGUGGUUGAUAAUGUUACUUACAAUCCAGAAUUGAGGUGCGGAGGUGGUUGUUUGAACGAUUAGCACAUUUUAGUUGUCCAACAUUAAUGUCAGAAAUGGUUGGGGUACUGGCAGUGAUGCAAUACCAAACCCUUUGAAAUGUUUUUGAUUCUCCAAAACCUUAAAAUUGCCUUGAUGGAAUUAAUUAAAGACCUACAGUUUACAUCAGAAAUUUUGAAUACUCAAAUUAUGUGUAAACUGGAGAUUGUUGUUUUAAGAAAUGCAUUUAAAAAUACAUGUACGCAGUAGGAUGUCUUGUCAUCGUUUCAAUAUAACGAUAUAUAUAUUCAAAUCAUGCUAAAAUCUGAAAAAUUACCCAAGAACCACAAAGAGCUUUGAAAGUGCUUGAAAUAUAUUUUCAGUCUUUGGGGGAAGUGGAAACAAUUGUAAAAAAUAUGGGAAUAGCACAGAUUGUUAGGAUUCAACACUAGAAAAAAACAUGGUAUAUCAAGCAAUGCAGGAAUUUUAUUGAAGACGAAAUAAUCACCUCUUCCUGAACUAUGCAUAAUAUUUGAAUGAUAAAUACUAGGUAUUUACAUAAUUAUUUAGCUGUAUGUAUAGGUAGAUAAGUGUGUGUAUAGUACAUAGGCAGGUUUAGUUCAAUCGGCUCCCAGCUCUCUGUGUUGUUCUUUAAAUUGGUUUUUGAUUAGACUUAACUAUAGGCAAAAUAAUGUGUAACUAAUAAAGAAAACUGAAUUAGUUAAGUUAGUGAUUUGAUACGAGGGAUUUCAGAUAAUUGUGAUCCUGUUUUUACGGAGCAGUCACAGAAAAAGCACUUAUUUUUGUAUCAACGGUCAGCCAAAUAUACUGUCAUUAUGUACAUAUUUUAGUGGCACUCUUAUUUUAGCACUUUUCAGGAUUUAAUGUUUUGUUAGACAAUGAUUACACUGAUACAAGUUUCUUCACAUUGUUUACUGUUACAUACAUUAUUGUCAUUUACAACUUUGCUGAUAUGAUUAAAAACAUUUUUCUCUGUACAAUAAAAGACAAGUGUCUAACGUCAUGAACACAUUCAUUCUGCCUCAGUUUGAGAUUAAAAUCUCAAGGUACUACAUCGAAAGGCAUUGUCACUGUGUUGGUGAUUUUGAAACUCAAUUAUUUUUGUAAAGCUGAGGUAAGGGCAGAAUUUCAUACAGGCCUACAGAUAUGGCCUUCGUUUGAGGAAUUGUAAAAUGAUUAUAAGUCUGUUCAAAAUACUGAUUCUUGUCUAAACAGUUAAGAAUUUAUAUACAUUUCAUGUUACAUCUUGAAUUUAACAUUCUCAACAUCACAUUUAACAGCAGUCAUCACUCCUGUAGGCUAAAUUGUAUACACUAUUUAUCCAUACUCAUGUUGAAGUCUCAUACACCUGUAAAACACAGACCUUAACUUCUCGAGGUAUGAAAUUUCUUGCUAAUGGUGUCAAGUUUGGAGAAAUAGAUUGAUAGUCUGGUUUUGUGUCGAGUUACAACAGAGAAUACCUUUCAGGUACAGUUAGUGAAGUGAAAGCACAAAUGUACAGAAGCAUUAUGGGUUUACAUACCUCUAUGUAGCAUAAUUGUUCCACCAUGCAUAUCAGUUUUUACAAGCACAAGUCACAAUGAUAUAUACUUUUGUAUAAUAGGGCUAAUUUUAUUGGGGGUGUGUACAGUAUGAUAUUUCAAUGUGUUUAGAUAAUUGAUUUGUAAUAUCGCACUAGUCAUAAUUUUUUUACCAAAUUAAUGUAUACUUAAGAUGUUUAUUUUAUAGUAUUGCUAAUAGAUCAUCACAAUCAUUGUUGAACAAAGGUAAAUCUGCUGGGUUACCGACACCAAAGAAUAUCACAAAGCCUGUUAUAUACUUCAGUAUAUGCUUCUUCACAAGGAAGUCACAGCAGUCUGGUUAUGUUUGUAGCAACUGGAGGAAACGUUGCUGUUUAUUGCAUUUAUAUCAUUGUUCUCAUAAUUCUUAAUUGAUGAUAAUUACUUUUCCCCAUUGGAAAUAUGAUUUGUAGGGAAAAUGUUGACUCAAGUAUUCAGCUAUGGUAUAUAGAAAGAAAAAAAAAUCAAAGUAAAUGUAAAAACUUCUAGGUCACUCUUUUUGAUGCUUAGGAAGGGAGAGCCUUGGCACCAACAUGGGGAAAACACUUUUUUUUUUAAAUACUUCAACUCGGUAUAUAUAUCCAGGAGCCAAUAUAGUAAGACUUCUUAUUUCUGCUUCUAACUUUAAUCAUCAAUAUACUUUUGUUCUGUACUUCACUCUUUGUAUUAGAGUUCAACAGUACAGCCUUAGUCAUGACUUUUAACGGGAGGUUUUAUGUUUGCCAAAUAACACCGUCAUUCUGGGUCAUUAAAAUGUUUGUAUUACUUUAUAGAACAAGCAGUGAUAUGAUACUUUUCUUGAUGUUUGAAAAAACAAUGUUUUUCAAAUCAAACAAAUAAUAUUAUCAUAACUAAGGGACAAGUAAAGGAAAGAAGACAACAAAUUCUGAACAAUCAUGUUUUCAUUUGGGUUUUUGAUAGUGGUUGUGUUUCGUGUGAUAUGGAAUAUUUUUGAAUUAUUUCUCCUGUUGUCUGUUGCAAUUUACAGAUGGUGUUGACAUCCAUAAAAGUAUAUAUACAUAAAUCUGGCUAUUAUACACCACUACAAGAAAAUAUGAAUUGACAGAGUAGCUGUGUUUAGUGAUUUAAAUUUUAAAGUUAGUCACUUAUUUUGACAACAAAAAGUGCUUAAUUUUUUCAUUUUAAGAGUAUAGAAAUUAUUCAUUAUACACGUAAACCCUUGACAAAUGGGGAAAUGCAGUAUGUGGGCCAAGUUCACCUUGUUCUUGUAAUAUUCAGAAAUGGUAUAGAAUGUGUAAUGAUCACCUCCCUAGUUCUCUCUGGUUCAAUCAGAUAUUGAUGUUAUUAUAUAUUUUACUGCAUUGUAUUGUUAUAUAAAGUGUACACAAGUUUUGUUGUAUUGUAGAAAUUGACUAAAAACAUAUUAUGUACAGUACUAAACAUGUAUAUAUUAUUUUUAAACAAUUUUAAUGGGAAACAUUUGUACAUUGUAAAUUAUUGUUUACUAUGUAUUCUUAAGUACCAAUUCCUUUUGUUCAGACUGGCUUUUUGAGUCUACAUUAUUAAGAUUGGCUUUUUCGUUUUAUUGCUUCUAUAAUUUGCAUAUUUAUUGUUUCCUAUCAAUGUGCAAGAUAUUUUUAUCAUGAUUAUCUCCCCUUGACUCCAUGAUCCAGUGAAGGUGGUAAUUUGUUGUUGAAAUCUGUGGUGUUCAAACUUUAUGCAAAUGUGUACAGUGUUUCAUUGUGUGUCCUCAUGUACUUAAUAACCCUCAAUGAAUAUAAACAAACCUGUUUAUAUUAUUCUAGUGUGUGAAUGUGUCUGCCAUGGAGAAUUCUGCACUAUGAUAUGAAGGAUGUAAUCAGAUAAUACAAUAAGGAGUGGGCUUUUUUUUGGACAUUCAUAUUCAAAAUAAAAACAACAAAUGCUUUGCGUGUGGAAAAAUUUAAAAAAUAUAUGUUGAAUUCCAGAGCUUAUGUAUUGGUAAGAUUUUUUAGAGGUGUUUUGUUUGGAAAUAUAUUACAGGCUGAAUGAAAACAAUAAAAUUCUUUCUGAUGGCAAGUGAGUAAUGCUUAUUACACAAUGAAACUUUUGUACAAUCUUAUUCAUAUAUGUAUUUUAUACUUUAUCACAUUUAUCUGUGUGAUUUGGAACACAAAACUAAGAUAAUUACACGUUUCAAAAUUUUACAAAAGUAUUUAACAAAGAUUUUUAAGAUUCCUAUUAAAAUUUAUUGACAUAUUUUUAUCUUUAGGCUUUAUUUACACCAAUAAGACACAUCAUAAUUGUAUAUAGAUCUUUCACUUUGAUGUGAUAGAAUCAAGUAAUGAGUUUUGAUAACAUGUUUAAAAAGAUUUUUUUUUACAUUAAUUCAUCAGAGGGGCACUUAGCUACCUCCACAUUAAAUUUGAUGGAUUGGGUGUUAUAUUAUUUGUCACAAGGAGCUCAACCAUUCCAGAACUUUUAAUUGUGUGUCAAUACCUGAAAUUGCUUUCCCAAUGUGAACCAUUGAUUUCAAGACAACAGACUAGAGGGCAAAGAUAUUCAUGAGAUUGAUGUUUGCAUCUUUGUAAUUAUAAUGGAGCUAUAGACCAACCAGAACAAAUUAUAUCUAGGUCAUAGAUUAAGGAGUUACUUCCCCUUAUUAUACAGAUUGACAGAGUUACUUCCCCUUAUACAGAUAUUGAUGGAGUUACUUCCCCUUAACAUUGGUGCUGACUUUGUAACAUUAUUAUUAUAUAACCAUUUGUAUUUCCCCCCAUGUAACUCUUUUUAAAAUAAUUCCCACUAUCAUCAUAUGUAUGUGUCACAGUUAAAUAAACCUAUCGGAUAUUGGUAUACUGACAGAGCUGUCUAUCAACAAUCACCAGUUACUACUGUAUUAUCAUUUAUUUUCUUGGAGAAUUUUGUUUUUCUUGUUAAUUGGCGAUUCUUAAUUCAUAAAUCUAUACAUCAGCAAAAUGGUAAACAGUUAGAAAUUGGUAUUAAUUUUAGUACUAGUGGAUUUUGUGAACAAGAUUCAUCCAUGAAAUCAGCUGCUAGUUAAAAUGCUUGGAAACAGAUGUUUGUUAGAAUGGAUGUAUGGGUAAUAUAGAAUUUAAACUGAUACAGUAUAAUCUGUCAAAACAGUAUUCAUACCAUGCUUAGGUUAUACAGUUUACAUCACAGUCUAUUGUUAUAAUACAACAAUCAAUACAGGAACAAUUCCGUGCACUUUUCUUAAUACUUAACCUUUUGAGGUUAAAUUUCAAAUCUUAAUUAGUAUGUUGAUCUUGACAGCUGUGAUAAUGAUCAGAUAAUGAAAAGUUCUUACGGGAUAAUGAUCAAUAAACCUGAUGUAAUGGUCAUUUGUAAUUUUAAAGAAUAAUUAUCUGCUCCUCAAUAUUUUCAUCUUUUCAGCUAAAACAAAUUUCAUAUUAUGCAUUAUAAAGAUGCCAGUGGCUAUUAUGUAUUCAUUCUUAAACUAGUUCUUGGAAUGUUUUGGUUAAACUUACCGAAAAGUUUUGUUUUGUUUUGGGUUUUUUUUUUAUUGAGAAAACAUUAACUUUCUAUGAAUAUUGAACACAGUCAGUCUUUUAUACAAUUAAGUAUAAGAAAUCUUGUCCAAUUUUAACCAAUAAUCCAUUAUUGAUUUGUAAGUGAUUUCCCAUCACAGCUUGGACUGAUAAUGUUCCAAAGGUUCCACUCAAUACUUACAAAUCAUUAGCUAUCAAUAUUUCCCAAUUUGUGUUGUGUAUUUUCCUUUCAUUUCAGUACAUGUGAAUGGUUAAAGUGAAUGAAAAAAUCCAGACUGACAAGGUUCCCUUUUACAGUCAUUAUUCUACAAGAUUUCCCAUCAAUGUCUGGUGUACAUAUUUUGUGUAUUAAUUGUACAGUGCAUAUCUACACAGUACACUUAGAACUAGUACAAACCACCUCUAGUGUAAAUUAAUGAAUUUGGUACACCUCUAGACUUAUGUAUAUUAGUGUACAGAUUUUGUACACCUCUGCUUCCAUUCUACACAAUGUACAUGCAUCAUUAUCAUUUGUAUUCAUGCCAUAUCAGAAACAAAGGUGUAGAAAUAAAGAAAAUCCAUCAAAUAUAAA